GUGGAUCGACGCACUAUUAACCAAGCCGACGAUCAUGAACGUAGUAGUCAGGUUGCUCAGAUGCAGCAUAUAUAUCGGUUGGCCAGAUCAGUGGUAGUGUUUUGGGUGACACUUGGCCCGGAAGGGCAAAACGACGCUUUACAUUUGGACCCAUCCUUGGAACCGCAUAUCGUGAGCCACAGAAUGGACGUGAGCUCAGUACAGCUGAGGUCCUACCUCAUCAGGUUCUUUGCUUCUCCCUGGUGGUUCCGCGUUUGGACGGUUCAGGAGUAUUGCCUUGCCUCAGAUGUUGUUUUUCAAUGCGGAAACCGCACUAUAACCGACAGCCUCGGAUUGCCGGAUCCACCACUUGACUUGUUGCCGACGGGUUCGAAAGUUCAACGAUUCUGUAGAUGA